AUGAAAAGUUGUCAAAAGAAAGUUCUUGAUUAGGUUUAGAAUAAAAUAGAAUACGAGGCAUCCCAUAGAAAAAGCUUUUUUUAAAGAAAAUUUGUCCGAAUGGAAUGGAGCAGAAGAAAAAUCCCAAAAAUUUAAGGCGAAUUUGAUUUACAAAUUGAAGUUAUUUUAUUAGGGAAGCAUAAUUAGCCCAAGAAAAAAUAAUUGAUGGUAUGGUAAAAUAUAAUGAAAACAACUAAAAGAAAUGUAUUAUAAAAUGUUUAUUCUAGGGUGAUAGUUGUUGGUUAGAUUAUGAAAAUUCAAUUCUUGAAAGUCUAUAAAAUGAAGAAUAUGGAGUAGGUAUCAAAUUAACGAAAUGCUUUGAUGAAAUAAUUAUUUUUUGUGAUGUUUCCCCUUUACUAUCUAUCAUCAAGAAAUUUACGAUUUAGUUUGAUUUUUUUAAGUACUUUGAAGUAAUUAAAUAAAUUUCUUAAGAAGUACUACUAUUUAUUACUUUAGACGUAUAGAAUUUAAAGAAAGAACGAAACUCGUGAUUAUCAAUGCAUUAUUUAUUAGAAAACUUCUCUCACAUCUUAAAUAGAAUCUUAACUGGAAAAAUCCAUUUAUAUUCAAAGAAGAAUUAACCAUGAAUAUUUGUAAAAGUUUUAUGAGGUAUUUGAGAGCCCAGAAUAGAUAAUUGUAGUCACAGAAUUGACUCUAGGAGGAACAUUAAAUAAUUACGUUUAAAAAUUUCCUACACUUUCAGAGGAGAAGGCUUAGAAAUUCAUGUUUAAGAUUUUAAAAGGAUUGGCUUACCUUCAUUCGAAAAACAUAAUGCAUAGAGACAUAAAACCAGAAAAUAUUUGGCUUGGAUUAAAUGGAAGUUUAGAGAAUCCUUGUCUUAGCUCUUAUGGACUGGCAGAGAUAGUGUUAUAGAAUGAAAAUUCUGCUGAUUCAGAUAAUGAAUAAUAAAUUCCUGAUUAUCUAAGCAUAAGAUUUGGCACACCUGGUUUUACUGCUCCUGAAAUAUUAAGAAAUGAAUAUUAUGAUCAAAAAGCAGAUGUUUUUAGCGCUGGAAUUGUGAUGUAUUACUCUUUAUGUGGAAAAAUCCCUUUUUAAGGGCGAAAUUUAUAAAGUGUUAUAGAAUCUAAUUAAAACUGUCAAAUUGAUUUUUCUAAAUUAUUUUUGAGUGAUGAAGGUGUUGAUUUCAUAAAAAGCAUUUUAAAUGAAAAUCCUUAUGAAAGGUUAAGUUCUUAAUUAGCAUUAAAUCAUUAAUGGCUAAGAAAAGAGAGAUUGGCAGAAGUAAUGGAGUUUAAAGCAAGUUAAAAGUUAAAAUAAUUAACUGAAAAAAAUAAUUAACAGAAAGGUUAAAUAUAUGUCUAUAAUUAAUAAACAUUUUCUUCAGAUGCAAGUCCAUUAAGUCCUUAAUCUCCUUAAAUAAAUAAAUUAUAAAGAUAAAAUUCAGAUUUUCGCAUUCGCACAUAAUGCAAAAGUUUCAGUCCCGAUGUAAGUUAAUUUAGAAAAUAAUCCUCUUUUACAAUAAAAUCAAAGGGAAUCGCUUAAAAUCAAUUCAGUCAUCUGAAUGAUAACGACGAGGUAAGGAGAUGCAAAAAUUAAAUUAAAAAAUCAAUAUUUAAACAAUGA